AUGAUAGGUGAUAUGGACACACGGUUCGGGACGGCCUUGCACAUUACCGAUCAAAGUCAUGAGUAUAUCAAUGCGAAAUGGGAAGAAGAUAAGUUGAACUCGAUCGACUUCAAACUCAUGUCAGUUCCUCCCCACGAUACUCCUAUCCUAGGUAUGGUUUCUCGGCCUCCGGUUCAAUCUGCCCUUCAGUAUGGUUACAACGCGGAUUUCUGGGUUGAGUAUUCGUCAGGUCUGGUAGACCUGUCCUGUAAGAACCCUCUUAAGCCAGGGGAGAACCUGGAUACAUCACCUCCAGCGAAAGGUGCAGACGAGCUCGAAUUCGUGGUCGAUGGGAGUAGGACACUUCGAGUGGACACGAAUGCUACUGCACUGGUCGUCAUUGAUAUGCAAAACUUUUUCCUGCACCCAGACCUUAGGGAUCAUCGUCUUGGGUUGAAGUGCGUAGAUCCACUCCUACGCGUGAUACCAGUUCUUCGGGAGAAAGGCGUCAAGAUCCUUUGGGUGAAUUGGGGAUUAACGGACCAUGAACUAAAGACUCUGCCUCCCGCUCUGAUUCGCGGUUUCAGAAGGCCGCAGAGCAUUCGAGAGGGCGGUUUUGGCUCAGAACUCCCAGGGAAUUUCGGAAGGUUACUCAUGCGGGAUGAACGUAAUUCGGAUUUAUAUGGCCCUCUUCAGGACGAGUACAUCAAAGGGCAAAAGAGAGGAACAGAUUUCUGGAUUCAUAAGAACCGCAUGAGUGCCCUUUGGGAUCGAACUGCCCUGGAUCUAUUUCUGAAGGAGAAUGGUCUGAGGACACUGCUCUUUGCCGGUGUCAAUACUGACCAGUGCGUUGGUGGGACGCUCAUAGACGCGUACUACCGUGGGUAUGAUUGUAUUCUCCUCCAGGACGCCACAGCUACUACCUCACCAACGGGUGGAUUUGAGAAUGUCAUAUAUAACGCGGGAAACAGUUACGGAUUCGUCACUGACACUGGGAGAGUAAUGGCUGCCCAAUAG